AUAACCUUCAUGGAGUAAAAUGAUUAAGAAUGCAGUGAAACUAAUAAUUUACUACGGGAAAGGAAUUCAUGUGAAUUAUUUAUCAGCAUAGAGUUUUAGGCGAUAGAAACGUGGUUAGGACUAACACAGACGGUAUAUUGAGCUCAGUACCAGCAGACUAUACGAAGCGAGAGGUAAUGGUACCCCGACACUAAGAGACUUCGUAUAACUCUCUAAAAUCUACAUAGUAUUUCUCAAACUAUUAACACUGAAACGGGAAAUCCUGUUUUAAAUAUUCGAGGAUGAUGGAAAAAACAUUUUAUCAGACUUAAAAAUAUACAGUCAUGCUGUGAAACGCGACCUUGGGAAGGAUUAUAUAAAAUUGAUUUUGUUAAGAGAUAUCUGUGACGUAACAGGCGCGCUAGUAAAAGGAGCAAAAUCGCACACAUUAACUACGGAAUCCGGAAUUUUACAACUUGUUGAAAAGGAUUUAGAAACUUUCUGUGAAAGGUUUUUCUUUCUUUCCUUCUUUCAAGAAAAUAAUUGUGUUUAUAUAAGGAAAUAAACUUUCUUUAAAAUCAAAAUGGAGUUAGCUGGUGAACUUCAAAUACAUAUCAAACAAGAACCUUUGGAAGAUUUUGGCUGCGAGCAGUUUGGUAAAACGUGCACAGAACAGUUGUCAUGUUCUUCAGACCCCCUCUCCGAGAUUUCAUCGAGACCGGAGAGUGAACGGGGUGAAAAAAGAAAAGAAUCAUUGGACGGAAUCACGGAAACCAUAUCAGAGAAACGGAAACGUUACAAUGUGACUGAAGCUAGUGACGUCGAAAUAUUCGCUGAUGAUUACGUCACAGGAACUCCGAGGGACGGCCAACACUCGGACAGGAGUAAUUCAGAGGGUUCAAAAAUCCUAGGAAAGCUAGGUAAGUUUCAGUGCCUGCUGUGUGAUGAUGCUUUUGACACUGAGAAUGAACUCAUGAUUCAUUUAUCUCUCGUGCAUAAGCACGUGCCUAGCAAUCGUCGUCAGUCCAGUAGAUUUGCCCGCCAUACUUGUCAAGUUUGUUUCGCGCGGUUUAGAACUUUGAAAGAUUUCUUCAAUCAUACAUCUUGUCAUAAUUCACACCCCGGCCUAGCAACGGUUGAUAGGGACCUAAGCACGCGGGUGUCAAACAGUCUUAGUAAAAAUGCCCUACAUAGCUAUUUCCUAAAUGCAGCUUCCGGUUUCAGCAGCCGAGAUUUGAUGCAGCCGUCAUUUAAAUGUGACUGUUGUAGCACGGUGUUUGGAAAUCGAGAUUCCUACGCCAUGCACGUGAUGAUGCGCGUGAAAAACGAGUCUUGUAAAUUGUUAAAUGGCGGAGAAUCGUCGGCGGAAAUGAACAUGUUGAAUUCGGGAACUGGCACGACCAACGGCGACCAUUCAAAGUCCCCGGUGUCAAUCACAGGAUCACCAGAGGAGCACGGAAGGGUAAAGAUAGACACGAGCUCUCCUCCCGGACUUCAUCAGGCGUACUACAUCGAUGUAACGUCACAUGCAGAAAAGGACGAAUAUCUUCAGUCUGUUUUGGCUAAAAAUAACAAUAACACAAACCAUUCAGAACCUUUUGGAAUUGAUAAUAUACGUGCAGCGAUCAAGGAAGGUAGAAAAUGUGUCGUCUGCGAGCAAAUAUUUGAUGACCAGGAUUCAUUGGCUAUGCACGUGAUGUCGCGUCAUUCGGAUGGUAUGACGUCAUCACAGCCUGCCGUAAGUUCAGCUCAGUACAACAAAACUCCGUCUCCGCCUUCAUCCUCCCGCGUCAUGAAAUACUUCUCACCAUAUGCGCAUGACAGACUAUUGACACUACAAACGGAAGUCCUUUACUGUGAUCAUUGUGGACAAUCGUUUGUAAACCGGGAUGCCCUAGCAAUGCACGUGCUAACGCACAUGAGGGAUCAUGAGACGUCGGUGAGUCAAUCUGCGUCAUCAGUCACAGAAGCAAUGCGCCUGAAUAGCCGCAUUCAAGAGACUCUGGACAACGCAAGAUUUCGGAGACAUCACGAGAGUUCGAUCAGGACAUCGCUGGAUAUCGAUACUAAUGAACCUUUGGACUUAGCAGCUAAGAAAACUAUUUCUUUUGGAAGUACGUCCAGUGGAAAGGAAAACAAUGGACCUUUAGACCUUAACGUGUCCAUUGACCUUCGUACGCCACGUGUCGACCCCCAGACAGAUAAACGCGAGAAAGAAAACGACACUCAAUUUACUGAACCUCAAUUUCAGUUACCACCAAAGAGUGACGAAACCUUACGUCAGGUGCACGGUAACCAUGCUAGAAACAACGUAACUACGGAAGGUGUUUAUCAACUACCUGAGGGUCAACAUGAGCCAGGCUGGACACGAAGUGCAAGCGCCCCUAGUGUGAAUUGUCAAGAAUUCCCGGGAACUAGCGAACGGGCGGCAUCAACAGGAUGUUUACCUUCCGCCAGUCAGAUGGCAGGAAUACCAACAGAUUUCAUUUUUGCCGCGCAGGAGCCAUGUCGACCACAAGAGACUACUCGCGAGGAAAGAAAAUCAAACGAAGGACAGAAUAGUAAAGUAAGCGAAAGUUUGAAUCAAGGACAGUUAUCGGACCCAACCUUAACAACCAGAAAGACGUUGCAUGGUAAGGACAGUCUCGAAGGGUUGCUAGGGUUCAAGACACCGGAAAUUGUAGCAUCUGGGUCAGCAUCGCAACUUGUCGGAUGCCCGUAUAUGGCAUCAGACGGGAAGGAACCAAACAUCAUGUCAGCUUUAAUGAAAAACAAAGAUUUGCACAUGUGUAAAUACUGUGAAAUCAUUUUCCCUAACAGGACCCUCUAUUAUCUACACAUGGGCCUCCAUAACGUCAACACACCGUGGCAGUGCAAUAUGUGCGGUAAGGUUUGUGGGAAUGUGCAUGAUUUUAACGCGCAUAUUAUCCAUCUAUAAAAAUAACACGAACAUCGGGAAGAAUACAUAUGACACAGUUAUUCAUAUCAUAAUAGUAUUAAUCUCACUGGUGACUUGCUCAAUCGAUCAUUGUUCAUAGUGCAUUAUUUCUUAUUUCUUUUGUUUCUCCAAAGAACGUGUGUGCACGUGGCAGUGUAAAUGGGACAGACCACGUGUACGAGCUUACAGUGAACUGUGAUUUUAGGACAAAAAAAAUAUUAUUGGAUUAUAAUUCAUAAUAGCAUAUUUAUAAUAACUGGACCUCCUACCCGCAACGGAUUCUAAACUCGGCUUGUCAGUAUGAUGUUAUGUUUGAACAAUACACCAUGAAACCGAAUUCAUUCGGACUUGGAAAUUAUUAGAUAUCUUUCCAAAUGUAUAACAAGGAUCUAUUGGAUUUUUUUUCCUUAAUCGGGAUAUACGAUAACACCUUAUACUCCCAAAACAAAUGUGUCAGUGUUGAAAACAAUCCAUUGAAGUUGAAUUGAAUCGAGCAUUUUGAUUGGAUAUCAAUUGAAGAAUGUGUUUUAUUGUUACCGUAUCACUGAUUGGUUAAUUAGUGGUGUACUAGCUUAGUGCGAUAUAAGGCGAUAUUUAGGGUCCAUAAGGACUCGCCAUAUGGACACAUGCGUUGCAUAAGCCUGUGAAAUCCAUUGUUAAUUUAACAUCUGAUCCGAAAACUGACAAUAGACGGAUCGAUAAUCGGAUUCAAUAUAUCGAUUUUUCAAUAAACUGACACAUUUCAAAUUAAAAAUUAAAACCCUCGAAGAUCUGAAGUGAUAUAGCAACUCUUUCAGUUCGUGUUAACUGAUAUAACUAAUUAAAAAAAUAUAUUGAUUAGAAAGUUCUUCAAAUUUUGGUUGUGUAGAAUUAUUUUAAAACAUUUUAUUCACAUUGUACUGUGUAUAUUUUCGUUUCCAUUAUUUACCAUUGAAAUUACAAUUUGGUAUGGAUAUGUGAUA